AGAAAUGAAUACAAAUAAAUCAGCAGAUUUCAGAAAUAUUUGCAUAUGAUAAAUGUUCAAUGUUCCGCUUCAUCGCCCCAUCACCAAAGUUCCCAAUCCCACAAAACCACAACCACAACCACAACCACAAGACCAUAACCUUAACUCUUGCUGCAUUCUUCUUCACUCACACUAUCAUCGACCAACCACCAAAACGUGAACCAGAACACGACAUCAGCAUCACCAACAACCCCUCGUACUGGACCAAAAAGAUUCACAGACUCUGCGCCAAAGAUCGCAAUGUCGACGAGGCGCUUCGCCUUCUCGACGGCCUCAGCCUCCGCGGAUACCAACCAGACUCUCUCAACAUCAACACCAUCAUUCACGCACUCUGCCACUCCCACCGCUUCUCCGAAGCUCACCACCGCCUUCUACUCUUCUUAUCUUCUCAUUGGGUCCCUGACGAGCGUACCUGCAAUGUUCUUAUUGCCAGGUUACUCGAUUCUCGAACCCCAUAUACCACAUUGCAUGUUAUUCAUCGUCUGAUUUAUGUUAAGCCUGAGUUUGUCCCGUCUUUGCCUAAUUAUAACCGUUUGAUGAAUCAGUUUUGCUCGUUACAACGACGGCCUGAUGAAGCUCAUAGGUUGUUUUUUGAUAUGAAGAGUAGAGGGCAUUGCCCAAAUGUUGUUUCUUAUACUACUUUGAUUAAUGGGUAUUGUAGAAUUGGUGAAUUGGGUAAUGCCCACAAGGUGUUUGAUGAAAUGGGUGAGAAUGGUGUGGUACCCAAUUCGCUAACAUAUAGUGUAUUAUUAGGUGGUGUUCUUCGGGAGCGCGACAUUGAGCGUGGGAGGGAAUUGAUGUGCAAACUUUGGGAGAAGGUGAGUGAUGAAAAGGACCUGUCUGUGAGAAAUGCUGCUUUUGCCAACCUGGUUGAUUCUUUGUGUAGAGAAGGGUUUUUUAACGAAGUGUUUAGGAUUGCGGAAGACAUGCCUCAAGGGAAGAGUGUGUGUGAGGAAUUCGUUUAUGGACAGAUUAUAGAUUCACUUUGUAAAGCUGGAAAGCAUCAUGGGGCCUCAAGGAUUGUUUACAUAAUGAGGAAGAGGGGGUUUCUUCCAAGUUUGGCAUCGUACAAUACUAUCAUACAUGGACUAUGCAAGGAGGGAGGUUAUAUGAGGGCAUAUCAGUUGCUGGAAGAAGGAAUUGAGUUUGGGUACCUACCAUCUGAGUAUACAUAUAAGGUUCUAGUAGAAGGUCUUUGCAAAGAAUCGGACCUCUACAAGGCAAGGAAUCUUCUCCAAUAUAUGCUGAAUAAGAAGGGUGUGGACAGAACAAGAAUGUUCAAUAUAUAUUUAAGAGCUCUUUGUCUUAUCACUAACCCAACUGAGCUUUUGAAUGCACUUGUUUUUAUGCUUCAAAACCAGUGUCAGCCUGAUGUCAUUACCUUGAACACAGUUAUAAAUGGGUUUUGCAAGAUGGGGAGGAUUGGAGAAGCUUUGAAGGUAUUAAAUGAUAUGAUAAUAGGCAAAUUUUGUGCCCCGGAUGCUGUGACCUUCACUACCAUCAUACAAGGUUUAUUAAAUGUUGGAAGAACCCAGGAAGCUUUCGACUUUUUGUAUCACAUAAUGCCAGAACGAGGUGUUACACCUGGUGUUGUGACAUAUAAUGCAGUUCUUCAUUGCUUGUUUAAACUUCAACAACCAAAUGAAGCAAUGGGGUUUUUUAAUAGAAUGGCAAGUGAUGGUGUCUCGGUUGAUUGUACCACUUAUACUAUAAUAAUUGAUGGAUUAUGUAAAGCCAACCGGAUAGAAGAGGCCAUGAAGAUUUGGGAUGAUGUCAUAUGGCCAUCAAAGUAUCAUGAUAAUUAUGUUUAUGCAGCCCUUCUCAAAGGGCUUUGCUGCUCAGGCAAAUUCAAUGAAGCUUGCCAUUUCUUAUAUGAAUUGGUUGAUUCUGGGGUCUCUCCAAACAUUUUCAAUUAUAAUAUUUUGAUUGACAGUGCAUGCAAGUUGGGCUUAAUGAGAGAAGCUUAUCAAGUUGUGGGAGAGAUGAGAAGGAAUGGGCUGGCCCCAGAUGCUGUAACCUGGAGGAUUCUUGACAAAUUACAUGAUAUGUGAGAAAGAAAUUCUCUGUUGAGGAU